UGGCGAAAAUGACAGUUGUUGUGACGCCUUUCUGUUGAACAGUCCACGCUUUUUAUGUCCCCAUGCCUGCUGAAUGCAUGCCUUAUAUGCAGCAGUUGGCAACAUGGGUCGACUGCUCUGUGUUGCUCUGUGUCUGCUGACCAGCAUGUUGCUCUGUGAUGGGCGUGGGCGUGGCAGACCCCCACCACCGUGUCCAGGCAAAUUCAUUUUCACCACAACCACGUCCACUGAGUCGCCCUUGUUGCCGGUGUUGAAGCAGAACCCCCACUUGCUGGUCAUGAAUGAUCAGGAGAGUAAGAAUUUGCUGUCCAAACUGGGCACCUUGCAAAUGCAUGUGGAAGCGUUGAGGAGGCAGAGGCAAAUGAAUUUGCAAAGAGACCUCUGA